UUAAACGAUGCUCGCGUCCAGCGACAGGACUCCGUUCGCUUUAGAUCAAGACGACUCAAAUCUGGGAGAAAAGGAGGAUAAAAGUUCAUGUCGGACUUUUUCAAGGGGCUCUAAGGACCGCAUGAAGUCCAAGCUGAACAUGGAGAGUUUGACUAAGCCGGAGCUGCUGAUGCUCUUUAGCAUCCUGGAGGGAGAGCUGGAAGCCCGAGACAUAGUCAUUGAUGCUCUCAAGGCUCAGCGCAAGGAGUUCUUUGUGCAGGAGCGCUACGGCCGCUACGACCUCAGCGAUCCGUUCCUGGCUCUGCAGAGAGACGGCGAGGUCGUGGGGGCCCACCGGGGCAAGGACCACCCGGCCACCUCCAACCCGCUGGUGGUGCUCAAGCUGGUGGUGAGCCACUGUAGGAGGAUGCAGGAGAAGAUGCUGGCCCAGCUGGCGGCGGCGGAAAGCAGGCACAGAACGGUGAUCAUGGACCUGGAGGAAGAGAAGAGGAAACACGCUGAAGACACGGCCGAGGGUGACGACGUCACCUACAUCCUGGAGAAGGAGCGGGAGCGUUUACAACAGCAACUGGAAUUUGAGCGUGGCCAGGUGCGGCGCUUGGAAAAAGAACAGCGACGUGUCACGGAUCAGUUGGAGGAGGAGCGAGCGCAGCACAAGCAGCUCUCCUGCGCUCUGGCCAAAGAGUGCAAGUGGGCCAGCGCCAGAGCCUUGGAGGAGGGCCACCGUCUCACCGAGGCCGGUCGCAAGCUGGACAAGGAGCGGGAGGCCUGCCAGGCGCUGAAGGAGGAGUUGGAGGAGGAAAGGAGGCGAGCGCUGAGGAUGGAGGCCAGGGUGGAGGAGCAGUUGGCCGAGUUUGACACGGAGCGAGAGCAGCUCCGCUCGCGACUCAAGAAGGAGGAGGCGCACUGCGCCAGACUGCAGCAGCAGGUGGAGGAGCUUCAGAGGAAGCUGAGAGAUGUCAAUGCGGUGGCAGACCUUCAAGAGGAAGGUGAGCAGUGGACCACAAAGGUUCCUUUCACAAAGAAGACGGCAGAAGCGAAACUGGAACACAACGAGGACGAAGGUCACCAAGGAACCGUAGAGACAAACGUCAACGGGCACCGUUUAGCGACGGAGGCUGACGAUCCUCCUAACAGCGGACCCCCAAAUGGGAAUUCUCCAGAUCAACAGACACUGAGUCCUUCCAAGUGCAUUUCCCCCAUCCUAACCAAACGUCCCAGCGCUCAGGCGGGUUGCAGGUCUUCGUACCAGGCCGGAAUCAACCAGCGCUUCCAUGCCGCCCGCCACAAGUUCCAAGCGGCCCCGACUGACCCCGAACCUGCCCAGCCAGAUGCCGCCGGCACCUACCCUGCUCCUUCUCCUCCUCCUCCGGCCGAGUCAACCAAGCAGAUGGCCCGCAGCACUGUCACCCAAGUCCUAUCCCGCUUCACCACCACGCAGCAGGCACCCAAACUCUCCGCUGCCAACCACUCGCCCUUUGGGACCGACUACCGCUGCUUGGCCGCGCCCUUGUCACCCGUCGCGAGCCGGGCGGCGGCCCCAUGUCAGGGGAUCCGCUCGCCCACAAUCCCAAGGGGGGACAGGGGAAACCCUCCGCCCAUCCCGCCCAAGAAACCCGGCUUGGCUCAAGGCCCGCCCUCGCCGGCCGCCGUCCCAAGGUCGGGCAGCCAUUAUAAUGACGGCCACCUCUCGGGAAGCUGCGGCCUCACUUCCGCCCAAGAUGGCGUCAAAGAACUGGAUGUGGUGCUAUCGUCCAAUUAACAGACUGUUCAUGAGACUAUUGAAACUGUUAUAUAUAUAUAUGAUUUUUAUAUUUAUUAUGGCUGUAUAGAAAUAUGCAUCGGCUCACAUGGUUGUUCAAACAGCAAUACAAGAAUCCCUCAUGAUAUGCUGAGUUAGGGCACUAGCCACGAAUAAGUGCCAGUUUUUAAGAAACAACUGAGGAUCCAGGCUCCACAGACAAAAACAGGAACUGGUGAAUUUAAAUUUAAAUAGUGAACCAUGAAUAUUUGGGGGAUUUCUGUAUUGUAUGUUUGAUUAAUAGCUGUCCUAAUGUAUUUGUACUCAUAAACUUUAUAUGCAGUUUUUAAAUGCCGCUUUUAUUGUUAUAAAACAGUACAGUCAACUUUUAUAAAGGUUCCUUUCCUACGACAUGAUAGAAAUCUAGUUUUAUACAAUAACUUUACUGUACAUAUAGUGAUGAUGAUCACAUUAUUAUAUUGUCAUGAGCACGGUACUAUUAUGUAUGUAUUUUGAAGAGAUUAAUAUUACAGCCAAGUUGCUAUUUCUGUGCACUCAUUGUACUGUAUAACAUUCCUCUUCUGUAUGUGCUGGAAGGUUUAAUAAAUGAAACGCAACAACGA